UGUGGAAUUUUUUUAUUGUUUUUUCGGGUAAACUCAGUGCUCAUCUCAUACCAUACGUCAACUCAUGUGGAUAUCCCGGUUCGCCAUCUCAUGCGUCCGUAUCGUUAACUACCGAUACCAUAAGGAAUGGUACAAUAGCUACAUAUACGUGCGAUAAUGGCUACGAGCUGUUAGGACCGUCACGGAGGACAUGUGUCAGUGCCAAAUGGGAACCCGUAGGCAUACCCUUUUGUGUAUUGAAUGUUGCCGUCGGGAAGGCAGCGAUGCAAUCGUCGACCGUUGGCCAGGGAUCAGCACAGAAGGCAGUGGAUGGAAGCACCAGUAAUUUCUAUAAUACACAAACCUGUACUAUGACUGAGGCUGAGCGCAACCCAUGGUUUUAUGUUAAUCUUCUCGAACCAGUUCUUGUUCAGUUGGUUCGCAUUGACUUUGGCUCGUCGUGCUGUUCAAACAAUAGGCCGGCUGUCAUCACUGUACGAGUUGGCAACAAUAGGCCAGAUCUCGGUGUGAAUCCCGUUUGCAAUAAGUUUACCGGAUUUCUCGAAGAGGGCCGACCACUGUUUCUUCCCUGUGCACGACCGAUGCCCGGAGCCUUUGUUAGCAUUACACUGGAAUCUCCAGGAAAUCCACUUUCAAUCUGCGAAACAUUUGUGUACACAGAUCACGCCCUAUCUAUAGAACAGUGUCCAUCAUUCAGGGAUCAGCCUUUAGGCAGUACAUCCACUUACAAUGGAAAGUGUUAUAUAUUUUAUAACAACCAACCGCUGAACUUUGAUAGUGCAAAACGAUUCUGUGAGCUCAGGGGUGGAUCACUUGUCGAUGAGACAUCACCCGCACUCCAAGGUUUUCUCAGUUGGGAACUCUAUCGACGACACAGAAAUGACCCGAACGGUCAGUACUGGUUGGGCGCAGUACGCGAUACGAAAACGCCGGCCAACUGGAAAUGGAUUAACGGAAAAGAUGUGACCAUUUCGUUUUGGAAUUUGCCGGCAAACAAAGAUAACUGUUCCCGAUUUGAUGGUACAAAAGGUUGGCUCUGGUCGGACACUAAUUGUAAUCUGAAUCUCAACUUUGUUUGCCAACACCGGCCCCUGUCUUGUGGUAAACCUGAACGGCCGCCAAACUCGACAAUUCUGGCCCGAAGUGUCGAAAUCGGAUCAGUGAUCGAGUAUCGGUGUCACGACGGAAGUCUAUUGGUUGGUCCAAACAUCCGAACGUGUCUACCGAACGGUUUCUUCAGUGAAUUUCCUCCAAAAUGCAAAUUUUUAGAGUGUGGUUUUCCCGCAUCCGUAACCAAUGGACAGUAUAUCCUAUCAAAUAACUCGCGCUCAUACCUAAGUACAGUGAACUACUCGUGCAAAGACGGCUACAUUUUGGUCGGUAGAGGACAUCUUGUAUGUGAUGUCGACGAACGAUGGAACGGACCGCCGCCCAGAUGUGAACCAGUCAUUUGUCCCAAUCCUCCGGUUAUAUCGAAUUCAGUGAUCAGAAUAUCCGCUAAUAACACAAUCUUCGGAACCGUUGCUGAAUAUGAUUGCGACGAUGGCUUUGAAUUAAGUGGCGAUUCGCGUCUUAUUUGUAACACCGCCGGCUUUUGGGACGGAGAUCCAGGAUUUUGCAGAGACAAGAGACCAUCAUCUACUAGUUCAACAACAACUCGCGGCACAACAUCCACCACUACAACAACUACAACACGUAAGACAACUACUACAGCGCCGACAUCACGAACACCAGCCCACACGUGGCCUAUAAUCGAUAGACAGUCGACACCAUUGAGAGAUCCACAAAUAUCUUUGAUUCCGGUGUCGUCGACUUCUACAACUACAUCACCAUAUCUGAACACUAGGCGUACAAAUAUCUACUCGACUGGAAAUAUGGCCACAACUACUACUACUACUACAACAACGACAACUACUCGUAGACCGACAUCAAAGAGUCGUACGACACGACUGCCGACUGUCAUCAGAACUCAAGAUAACGAAGUGAAUGAUAGCCUAUUGAGAAGUAACAGCAAAGCGGCGACCGCUCGGCUUAAUAUGGGAGGCAUAAUAGCAUUGGCAGUCUUCGGUGGCUUUGUCUUCUUGGCCGCCGUUAUCACUAUAGUUGUGAUUAUAGUCAGAAGAUUAAAGAAUAGUCACAACGCAUUGGACGCUCAAACCAUCAGCACAUUUGACAGUUCGGGAGACAAUUCAGGCUUUUACCAGAAAUACGCGACCGCUUGGUCUCAGUUACAGUCCAAUGGUAUUCAUUCGGGUUCAUACAAACCGGGAUUAGUUCGCAUCGAUCCGCCAUACGAUCCGCAUCGGCUUAAUAGCAGGGGUACAAUCAAUGAGGGCUUUCGCGAGGCCAAUGAGAUCACAUUGAACGCCGAUGUGGCUGCACUGUACUCGCGGCCAGACAAGCGCUACAAGAGGCCCGAUCCCGACGGUCAAUCCCAUUGGCAACAUACCAGAAAAUAUUAACAAUUGGUCACUUAUUAGCUUCAAAUUAUUUUUGUUUGUUUUAUUUUAAAUACAACUAUAAUUAUCUUCCAACUGUUCUGUGAAUGAAAACAAAAUUUUUGUCUUUUGAAUCAUCAAAUAUUUUUUUGAUAAUUUUAUUUUUAAAAAUUUUUAGUUUGAAUAUUGUAGUAAUUUUUUUUUAGAUAUUUAGUUAAAUAGUACCGAAAGAUAUCAUUUUUCUUAAUCAUCUUAUUUAUCACAAGUUUUUUUACACAACAAAUUGCUAAUGAAUUGCAAUUAUUUUUAAUUUGCUUUUUUAAUAAUAUUUUUUUCUUACAACACAACAAUAACAAAAAAUAUCCUAUUAUUGCCAAUCAGUUAUUAUCGAUGCCAUCACACAACUCAUUAUCAUUACAU